UUUUUUCUUUAAAAUUAUAUUAGUAAAAAAAUUAGUCAAAUUUUACGUACAGUUAUAGCUUUUCUUUUCUUCAAUAUUCGUAAUAAUUAAAAAUAUUUAAAACUGCUAAAUCAGUGAAAGAUAUUGAAAUGCAAAUAUUAAUAAUUAAGAGAAUAAUAAAUAUUUAUAAUAUAUGUAAUUAAAAAAGUUUAAUAAUACUGUUUACGUCAGUUCGCCAUUCCAAUGAUGGAUUCUAAAUCAUAUAUAUUUUGCGCAUGCGUAAACACAUACAUAAACGUAUAAGAAAAAAAAGAGGUAAAUUUAAAUAAUUUUGAGAAUUUUUUUUUAAUAUAUAUAAUAUAAUCUAAAUAAUGAAAAAUAUUGCAAUUAAAAAAAAGAUCAUAACACAAAAUAAAUAAUUAUAAGCAGAAUAAAGAUAAAAUUUCGAAAAUAAAUAAACAAAAUUUAAUAAAAAAAGAGAAAAAAAAAUAUACAUAAUCCUUGAUAAAACUAAAAGAGAUAGAAAAAAAGCUAUAAAUCGGGAUUUCGGGAUGAUGCGCAAAGAAUGGCAAGAUUCAAAACAAAAAAAAAAAGAUUUAAAGGAAAUGAAGACAUUUUAACAUAGAAUUAAAUAAAAAAAACAUUAACUACAUUGUCUCCAUAAUAAAAAAUAAAUUUCAAACACAUAUUAAUACAUAAAUAAUUUCAUACACUUAUACAAAAUUCAUCAAUUAUUAUAUACUCAUACUUGUGAACAAAGUAAAAUAUUUUCAAUUAUUGUCAAUUAUUGAAGAAUUAGAAAAGAAUAUUAAAUUAUAUAUUAUAAGAAUAUUAAACAAUAUGCAGGUAAUAGAGUUGCAGUAGAAAAAUUAAAAAUAAAUAUUAUAAAAAUGUUAUAAGAAAGAGAAUGUUAAUAAAAGAAUACUUAAUGGAAACAGGAAUGAAUUCACAAUAAUAAUUAGCAUAAAUAUAAGAUUUUUAGCAUAAAUAUAAUUUAUUUAUUUGAUUCUAUUAAAAUAUAUAUUUUGUAAAAUAUUUUAUUUUGUAUAGAUAAAUAUAGAUUAUAAAAGGAUAUCAUCUACUGCUUGAAUAAUUACAUCAGUUGUAAAUGUUGUGUUUAUAGAUUUUUCUUCCACUGACAAAUGAUAAAACAUAAAAAGAAUUAAAUUCACUCCUGAAUAGUAUAUAAGUGCUAUAGAAUAUACAAACAUUAAUAACAAAAAAAAUUCAUUGAUGUAGUAACAAUAAUUCUCCAUAUAAGUGAUAAAUGUAAUUAAUAUGACAGGUAUUAUAAAUAUAAAAAUAAAAUUUAAUGAAAUUAUUUCGUUGUAAAAAAAAUCGCGUUUAAAUAAAUUCCUAAAUUCCUAAAUUUACCUAAAUAUAUGAAACAAUACGAAAACAAUAAAAUUUAAAAAUAUUAAGAAUUUUAGAUAUUAAUUUUUUCAUAUGAAUAUCAAUAUUAUGAAUUAUCAUUGAAUAAUUUAAAUUCUUUCACGAAAGUUUAUUGAAAACAUAUCUUCCUGACGAGCUCAUUGUAAGUCUCACCUUCUCGUCUGAAAGAACCGAAGAAAGCUCGUCAAAAUUUUCUCAUUUCUUGAAGAAACCGGUCUUUCAAUGCGUCAAGAAAAAUUACCGUGAGUUGAAUAUUUUGCAGAAAACAAUCAUAUUAUUGAUGAAAAAGAAGAAUAAUAACACCAUCAGCGGACACGAGAAGAGGUCGAACAUUCCAAGCAUCUUUCUGAUUCUUUGACAAUGCCGUGUAUUUUAAGACGCGGUCGGUUUGGUCAAUUGUUUUGCGGUCUCUCAGGUCGUACACCUGUCCGUCGUGAAGUUGCAGACGGGAGUAGGAAGGGGUUAUGGUCAAUAAACGCAACCACGUCACACGCAGCCUAUCGGCGACCCCGCUUGGCCCCUUAAAGUGGCUCCGAACGAAAAUCUUACAUGUCGGCCGAUAUUGCUUUUGUGCGUUUGUCUGCGGUAUAUCUUAAGAAAAAUCGAAGUAAUUUUUUCAUGAACAAUAACGACGGAUGUGUUUUAUCACGAAGAAGAUGCGAUUAUAAAAUGGAAUCAAUCCACGAUGCGGUUUAGCUUUACAACGGAUUAAUCGUGCGUUUCAGUGAACUGACCGAAUUGCAUUCGCCAUUGUUGUGAUUGGUGAACGUUCCAGAGAAGACGGCGUUCUUAGAUUGACGCGCAUGCGCAUUACGUUCUACUUGACGACGCUCUUCUUUCGAAUUUUGGGAGACACGCAUACACAAAGCAACAAGGCACAGAUAAUUUCUAAAGUGAAAAAAUAAUAAAAAAAAUACUUUAUAUAUGAAAUGAUAUGUGAGAAAAAUUAAUAAGUACCAGAGAAGAAAGAAAGAAACAACAAAAUUACGCUUAAUCAUUAACGUAUGCACAAAGUAUAUUUUCUGAGAAGUUUGAUAUUUAAAAUACAUAAAAAUGACAGUUUACAUAGAUGAUUGUACCUAUACUAUGCGUAAUUGCAUGUUAUGCCUAAGGCUAAAAAAAAAUCUUACCUUAAAAAGGUAAGAGAAAUGCGAGAAUAUAGAAGACAAAAAUUAAAAUCAGAAACAUUAGAAGAACGUACUAUUAGAUUAUUUUCUGCUGCUGAAAGAAUGAAGAACGCUAGGGCAAAAGAAACAGAAGAGCAGGCAGCAAUAAGAAGAAUGCAGGAAGCCCAACGUAUGGCUAGACAUCGUGCUAAAAAGAAGCGUUGUUUAGAUGAAAAUUUAGCAAGAGAAAUUUCAAAAAUUGCUGAAUUGUCUAAAAUGCCAGAUGCAGCAACAAUAGCUCAAAUGUCAGAAAUGAAUAUGAAUAAAAUUUCUGCAGAAUUGAAACAAAUGAUGGAAAGAGGGAAAGUACCAGAACAUAUAGUUCAAAUGGCUCAACUUGCUGAGUUUAGUAAGAUGACUGAAUUAAACAAAAUGUCUCAAGAUAUGGCUAAAAGAUAUGAAAUGGAAAAAAUGGCAGAAUAUGCUAAAACAACAGAAUAUAUGAAAAUGCAAGAAAUUGCAAAAAUGUCUGAAAUUGCCAAAAUGAAUGAAAUGGUAAAACUCUCAGAAAUGGCUAAAUAUAAUGAUAUCACAAAAAUUAAUGAAAUUGCAAAGAUGAAUGAAAUGAUGAAAAUGUCUCAAAUGGCAAAAAUUAACGAAGUUCAAAGAAUGAACGAAAUAGCAAAACUUAAUGAGAUGGUAAAAAUGACAGAAAUGGCUAAAUAUAAUAAUGAUAUAACAAAAUUAAACGAAAUUGCACAGAUUAAUGAGAUGGCUAAAGAAAUUGCCAAAAUAAAUGAAAAAACGAAAAUGAAUGAAAUGAUUAAAAUGGCAAAUAUGCAGAAUGAUAUUACAAAAAUGCCUGAAUAUUCAAAAAUGGCAGAAAUGGCAAAAUUAACUGAAUUGGCUAAAUUAAAUGAAAUAACAAUAACAAAAUUAAAUGAUCCACCACCACCACCAAAAGUACCACCACCAGAAAUUCCUCGAAUCCCUGAACCUGUGAUUACUGUGCCAAAUCCAAGAAAUUUGCAAAAUGUUCAAACUGUUCAAGUAGCACAGGCUAGCCCAUCCAGUACAAUUAAUUUUCCCACUGUGCCUGGUCAAGGUAAAUAUGCUCAGUUACUGGUUAUCAUUGAGGAGCUUGGAAGAGAUAUUCGCCUUUCUUAUGCUGGAAGUCGCAGUGCAGCUGAACGAUUAAAAAUGGGUAUUCAACAUGCAAGAAUUCUUGUAAGGGAAUGUCUAUUGGAAACAGAACAUAAUGCACGGCAAUGAUCUGCCGAUAUACUUAGCAAUUAGAUUUUUAGUCGAUUAUUUUACAAAGUAAUACUAUGUACAUUGUAUGAGGUAUAGCAGUAUAUUUUAAAGGGAGUGUCUUAGCAUCCACAAGAAUGUGCAUAUGUAACAUUUAUUAUUUCAUAUUUUAUACGAUCUUACUAGUUUGUAUAUUUAAUAUAAAAAAGUGUGAGCAGCUAGUCUUUUUAGACAAUGGAAAAAACGAGAAAGUAAUAGCUGUAAAACUUAAUAAUAGUUUCAAUAACUAAUAAAAUGACUUAAAAUAUGCACUUUUGUGGAUGCCUAAAGAAAAUUAAUCAAUCAAUAGCGCAUAAUAUUGAAUAUAAAUUAAAUCAGAGAAAAAUGAUUCAUUUUUCAUUUUAGUUUUUUAUUUUUAUUAAAAAAAAAUGUAAAGAUGACCAUUUUCUAUAGAAACAUUAUGAAGGAAUUGUACCUUCUUAUUAAGUUUUUAAUUAACAAAUAGAAAAUAUAAUAUUAGGCAAAUAUGAAUUUGUACACUAAAAAGCCUUUUUAUAUUUUCUAUAGAAAAUUAAUUGCAUUUUUUGGUUAAAACUAUAGGUACCUAAUAAUUAUCUACAAUAUACUUGCAGAAAAAAAAAAUUGAUCAAACAAAAUGUACCUAUGGAAAAUAUAAUCCUUGAAUAUUACUGACUACAAAGUAUGACUAAAUAAAAAAAAGAAACAGUUUUAUACGA